AUGAAUUAAUAGAUAUCAUAGGAAUAUUUCAUUUAGAAAUUUGCAUCUUUACAUUUGAGUGAGAGUAAGAAAUAAAAUAAUUGUAGCUGAUGAUGAUACUUCAAGAAGUCAAAGUCCAGUUUUGGAUUCUCGUUUAAUAGAGUUUUUGAGUGGAUUGCCAGUUCAUAUAAAAUAAAAAUUAGAAAAUUUCAAACCCAGCCCAAACUUCUAAUUUUCGAAAUAAAAUGAUGAAAGCAUUUACUUUGGUUUGAUGGAAGGUGGCUUAAAACAUGGAAUAGGAAUUUAACUGUGGCCUAAAAUAGGAAAUUUAUUAAAAGGGUAUAAAUGAAUAUUUAAGUUUUCUUAGGACUUGGUAAAAUGACUUACUGGAAGGUGUGUGCACCAUGUUUUAUUUUAAUGGAGACAUGUAAUUAUUAUAAUAAUAUAGUAGUUUUGAAGCUUAUUUCUUAUAAGGUACUACAAAUGGUUUUGGUAUGUUUAAAUCGGAAAAAAAAGUUGUAAAAGGUAUAAACAUUGUUAAUCUAUUUAAGGAAUCUGGAUAAACAAUUAGCUUCAGGGAGAAGGAUAAGAGCUAAAGAAUGACGGUACUACUUAUUUUGGGUAAUUUUGGAAUAGUAGGAAGUAAGGGAGAGGCAUAUAAAUGUUUCCUGAUGGAUGCAAGUAUAAAAUCUUUUAAAAAAAAUUUCAGAUAUGAAGGAUUCUUUCAAAAUAAUAAAUUUGAAGGAGACGGAAUAUUUACAUGGAGUGAUGGUAGUUACUACUAAGGUCAAUUUCAUAAAGGAUUAAUUAGAGGAUUUGGUUUUUACAAUAAUAAUAAUGGACUUUAAUUAAUUGGACAUGUAUAUUAUUUUAUUUUAAGUUUAUUAGUUUUAAGAAAUAAAAAAAACAGAUACUACAGAUUAGAAUCUUAAUAAGAAUCUACAAACCAUUACAUUUUAGAAUUAAUACAACUAAACGUUGCGAAUCGAAAAGAUACGCAAUCUCUGA